AUCGAAAUGUCGAAUAACCGACCACUAAUUCAAAUUAUAUUAAGGCGUGAUUUAUUAGAUUUACACAGCUGGACAUUCGGUAUGCUCGCUGCUCAGACGGCGCAUGCAGCGACAGCAGUUAUCCAAGAAACUCACUCUGACCCCCUCACACAAGAAUACGUAAGCCCGGACAAUCUAGAUAAGAUGCGCAAAACGGUUCUACAGACUCCCGACGGAGAAUCUCUCGUCCGCCUUUAUCAGGAUAUUUUACCAUUAGGUAAAGCCAAACUUUGGAUUGAACAACCGGAGAAUAUACCGACGGCCAUCGCGAUAGCACCCAACAAGUCGAAAAAGAUCAAAGACCUCUUGCGUCAUAAUGGCUGUGUAUUUUUCUGAUAUAUCGUUACAACUUAGUAUCCACCU